UCAGCCAAAGAACUUCUCAAGGACGAGUUCCGGCCGUGGUGGGAGUCGCAGGCCGAGAAGAAGGUCGUUUCCGCCAAAGAGUUCUUCAAAGAGGACGACCGACCUUGGUGGGAGGAGGCCACGGCCGCCGAGGACGGCUCCAGGGCCCCGGGGAUGGUGGCGUCGUUAAAAAAAAGCUCGGUGGCUGCGUCAUCUGCUGAGGGAGAAGUCGAGAGUGACGAGGAAAGUGGAGACGAAAGCGAAGAGGAGAGCCUAGAAUUCGAGUCCUACGAGGAGUCCACGAGGACCGAGGACUAUGAGGACGCCACCGAAAGCAUGAUGAGCGACUCCAGUACCAUGUACAGCGCCAGUGAAGGUGAGCGCCUCCAGGCAAAGAUCGUGUUCAAGGAAAAGCCCUGGUGGGAGACCGAGGGGGGCGGCGGACACGGGUCGCCAGAGAGACAGGUGCCAGAUGACGUGAGUGAAGUGAGCGAAGCCACCGAGACCCUGGACAUGGACGGCAGCGAGAUCAGUGAGAUGACGACUGAGGUGUCACAGGGGUCCAUCGGGGAACCAGACACUUCGAUCAAGUUCAUGCGAAGAGAAAGGGAUGUUAUGAGGAGACUCAGGGACAAGGGGGAGGAAGAGGAGGAGGAGGAGGAGGAGGAAGAGGAGGAAGAAGAUGAGGAAGAUGGAGAUGAUCUUGAAAAUGAGGAAGAGGAAGAAGAAGAUCAGGAAAAGGAAGAAGUACCUUCUAUUGAAAGAAAGUAUAAAACAAAUGAAGAUGAAGAUGAAGACGAAGAAGAGUGUGAGAGUGAAAGUGAGGAAGUAAAGAGCGAAGAUGAAAUUGAAGACAUACCCGAUGAGGAACUCGAAGAAACAGAUCUCAAACUGGAAGAAUUGGAUGAGGAAAUUGAGAAAAGUACCAAGACUGAAGACGUUUCAGUAGUUUCACAAAAUACAGAUAUCACUGAGGAAACCAAACCCACCAAAGACAAAGAGGAACCGAUCCAAGCAAACCAAGAACCUGUAAGUGAACCUGUAGUUAAAGUGGAGGAAAAAGCUUCCCCUAAUCUUGAGAAAGUUGAGACGUCGAUCACAGUCUCGAGAGGUAGAUCUCUCUCGCCGGAAAGAACGCCCGGAACAAAGACAGAAACGGUGAGUAAACCGGAUGAAAUUCCUUUGAAGGAGAAUACCAAUAACAUAGACAUAGAAAUCACUAAUCCAGAGAGUUUAACAGAACAUUUACUUAGCGUUCAGCAGAUUGAGGGAAAUUUGCAGAAAUCGGAUUCUCAAACGAGUGGCUAUGACUCAAGUUUAUCUUUGUCAGAGAGUAAGGCUCGAGAUCUUUCCAGAGACUCUGGGUGUGAUAUAUCUGUUGGAGAAGCUGAGAAAACUGUUGAUAAGGAAACCAAGAACGAGUCUCAGAAAGAGACUGGGCCCAACACCGACAAAGGCAUUCCUGUUGAACCAUCAGAAACUAUCGAAAUCAUCCCAGAAGAAACUAUCGAGCAGACGGAGGGGAAUGUGAAGGUCCAAUCUACUGUCGGAAACAAAAUCAUAAUACAGCUUAAGCUGGAAAGUGACAUUUCUCCAGACAACAAAGCUGGCAACAUAAGUGUCAAAGCUUCUGAAGAACAAGAAAAAAUUGACAAAAAGAAGCAAGAGAAAUGUGAAGAUCAGAAAUCCUAUGCAGCAGCAGUGAAAGAAGCCACAGCAAAAUCGCCCAUUCAGAAGAAAAGAGCCGAUGAGACAUCCAGUGCAAGUAAGGAUCUUGAUUCGCUGGAAAGCAAUGCAGAUCAAAGCAUGGCCAAAGAAAGUGUAGACAAGGUCGUAGUGAAUAAAAUGGAUGCAUGUUUAGCAAAGGUAGAUGCAAGUUUAGCUUGGGUAGAUGCUAGACUGACAAGAGAUGGUCACAAAACUUCCACCGAAAAUUUACCACAAAAAGACGUUGACAAGGAUAAGGUUACCUAUGCUGGCAUUGUCAAAAGUGGAGCUAAAAUCAAUAUUCCUCAACUGAUAGACAAGAAAACGAUACAGCCCAACUCCUCCUGACAAAAAGACUCAG